AUGGUGGGAAUUUCAACCUCCUUGCAGUAUCGUCCUGGGAAGCGCUCCACCAUGCCCGACUCUCCUGCGGACGUCAAAGCACAGUCCAGGUUAACCCCUCCCAACAUGCCGCCUCCACCCAGCACCCAGGGAGCCCCUCGAAACAGCUCCUACACGCCGACCACACUAACCAAUGGAAGCAGCCACUCGCCCACAGCUCUGAACGGUGCCCCCUCGCCUCCCAACGGCUACAGUAACGGCCCUAGCUCCUCCUCUUCCUCCUCACUGGCCAAUCAGCAGCUGCCGCCCGCGUGUGGCGCCCGGCAGCUCAGCAAACUCAAGCGCUUCCUCACCACGCUGCAGCAGUUUGGCAACGACAUCUCACCGGAGAUCGGGGAGAGGGUGCGGACGCUCGUGCUGGGGCUGGUGAACUCCACGCUAACCAUCGAAGAAUUUCACUCCAAACUCCAAGAAGCCACCAACUUUCCUCUGAGACCUUUUGUCAUCCCCUUCCUAAAGGCCAACCUGCCGCUGCUGCAGAGGGAGCUGCUGCACUGUGCACGUCUGGCCAAACAGAACCCGGCGCAGUACCUGGCCCAACACGAGCAGCUGCUCCUGGACACCAGCACCACGAGCCCUGUGGACUCCUCCGAGCUGCUACUGGACGUUAACGACAACGGCAAGAGGAGGACGCCGGACCGAACUAAAGAGAACGGUUUCGAGCGGGACAGCAGCCUUCACACAGACGUUCACCCCAGCAAAAGGCCCUGCACCAUCAGCCCUGCACAACGCUUCAGCCCCUCCAACGGCCUGUCCUACCAACCCAACGGACUGCCCCAUCCCGGACCCCUCCCGCCCCAGCACUACAGACUGGACGACAUGGCCAUCGCUCACCACUACAGGGACACUUACCGACACCCGGCAUCCAACCACAGAGAGAUCCGCGAAAGAGCCCGGCCCAUUGGGAUGCAUUCUGGCUCCAGGCAGGAGGAAGUGAUUGACCACAGGCUGACGGACCGAGAGUGGGCAGAGGAGUGGAAGCACCUUGACCAUCUGCUCAACUGCAUCAUGGACAUGGUGGAGAAGACGCGGCGCUCGCUCACCGUCCUGCGCCGCUGUCAGGAGGCCGACCGCGAGGAGCUCAACUACUGGAUCCGACGCUACAGUGAUGCAGAGGAGCUGAAGAAGGGCGCCCCCAGUGGACAGUCCAGGCAGCAGAGUCCAGCAUCACAAGACAGCACGACAACAGAAAUUCUUGUGCAUCGGCCUGUGUCUGGCGGAUAUGUCCCUGAAGAAAUCUGGAAAAAAGCUGGUGCGGGCGGACUGACCUCUUCUGUGUCCUCCAUGUUUCCAGAGGAGGCGGUGAAUGAGGUGAAGAGACAGGCCAUGUCCGAGCUUCAGAAGGCCGUGUCCGAGGCGGAGCGCAAGGCCCACGACAUGAUCAGCAGCGAGAGAGCCAAGAUGGAGCGCACGGUGGCAGAGGCCAAGAGGCAAGCUGCUGAAGAUGCACUGUCCAUCAUCAACCAGCAGGAGGACUCGAGUGAGAGUUGCUGGAACUGCGGGCGCAAAGCCAGUGAGACGUGCAGUGGCUGCAACACGGCGCGGUACUGCGGCUCAUUCUGUCAACACAAAGACUGGGAGAAGCAUCACCACGUGUGCGGACAGACCCUCCAGCAGCAGCAGCAGAACCAGCAGAACCAGCAGAACCAGCAGAACCAGCAGCAGCCUGCGGUCCCAGGCUCUGACACCCCUGCUCCCAUCAGCUCCUCCGCCUGCACCCCCAGCAGUGGAACAGGAAGCCCGGCUGCUACACCCCCAGUCCCCACCCCACGCUCUUCCACCCCCAGCACCCCAUCCUCCUCGGCCCUUGACACCACAGCGCGCUAA